AUGAUCUCCUCUGUUGCUCUUCUGGCUCUUGCUAGCCCGGCCUUCGCCGGUGUUAUGCAGGCCCGCGGCGGUGAUGCUGCCCGCCCCGCUGCCGAAAGCUCUGCUGCCAUCCCUGGCGAGGGCUGGGGCGAGAACUGGUCCAAGCCUAGCUGGUCCGAGGCCCCUACCGAGUCGUGGGCUCGCCCGACUGAAUCCUGGGGUGACCACAAGUCCUGGGGUGACCACAAGUCCUGGGGUGACCACAACUCGUGGGGCAAGGAUGGGCACACCACCCCGUGCACCACCAGCACCGAGCCGACUCCCCCGCCAGUGACUUCGACUCCCUCGCCGGUGACUUCGAGCAAGCCGCCCAAGCCUCCUCAUACUACCCCCAAGCCCACUACUAAGACCAUCACCAUCGUGACCACUACCUGCCCUGUCACCUCGUCGGUUGUCACCACUGGCUCCUCGACCUUGACUGUUCCUGUCACCAAGACCAACACCAUCACCCUCACCAAGACCACGGUUUGCACUCAGUGUGAAGAGAUCCCUGUGACCCAGUUUAGCACUGGUCCCCCGGCCAAGCCCACUCAGCCCGCUGUGCCCCAGUCUCCCGCCCCGCAGAAGCCGGCUCCGUCGAAGCCUGCCCAGCCCGCCCAGCCGGCUCCAUCUGCCCCGGCCCCUGAGCAGCCCGCCCAGUCCGCUCAGCCCGAGCAGUCCGCUCAGCCCGCCCAGUCUGCUCAGCCUGCCCAGUCUGCUCAGCCUGCCCAGUCUGCUCAGCCCGCCCAGUCUGCUCAGCCUGCCCAGUCUGCUCAGCCCGCCCAGUCCGCUCAGCCUGCCCAGUCUGCUCAGCCCGCCCAGUCUGCUCAGCCUGCCCAGUCUGCUCAGCCUGCCCAGUCUGCUCAGCCUGCCCAGUCUGCUCAGCCCGCCCAGUCUGCUCAGCCCGCCCAGUCUGCUCAGCCCGCCCAGUCCGCUCAGCCUGAGCACCCUGCUCAGCCCGCUCAGCCCUCUGGUGUCUCGCCGGCUCAGCCCUCGUCCCCUGCCACCUUCACUGGUGCUGCCUCGAGCACCAAGCCCGCCGCUGGCUUCCUUGCCGGUGUCGUCGCUCUCAUGGCUUUCCUGUAA